AUGGCAACAGUCUCCACAGUGCCCGCCGAUCUGGUCUCCGCCUCCGCGUCAAGUUCUGCGGGUCUCCUCAGGUAUGACUCGAUUCUCGCCGACGCCUGCGCCUUUAAUCGACGACUUCGCAAGGGCAGGGUGGAACGACCCGCCUUCUUUGACACAGCGACGCAGAUUGCUCAGCGUCCAGCCCCUUGGUUGCACCGCACUGCACAAGCGCGUACAAAAGAUAGUGGCCCCACUCGCGAACUUCACGGUUUGCCUUUCUCGAAACCACAUUUCCUUGUGACGUAUCGGCGGCAUCGGUGGCGUCUUCAGCCCGGUCAUAAGCGAAGAUUCGCUGACAGUCUAGAAACUUCCCGACUACUCUUCAUGUUCCAAGCGAUCCCAUUCCCAAGCCCCCCAGUGGCAGUAGAAUCAUCAACAUCCUGUGAGAUUGACAGCGUUUUUUGUGAACUUGUAGCCCGAGGCCCUAAUUCCCGCUCUCAGGUGCCCACUAACGAUUACAUCAAGCAACAGCUUCCCCAAGUACCCCUGGGGAUUUCUAGCACCGAUCCCGAAGCCUCCUUACCCGGCUCUGUCUCUGGAGAUGGUUCCUGUCAAUCACCGGCUACACAAAAUUCCACCAACAACUCAACAACUGCUUCAAAUGGAGGUGAGAGGAGGAUCCUAGCUGCCGAUUCGCAACAGCAACCUCAAGCGUCUCCCUGUGUAGAAGAUCUCAGUGGCCAACGAUUCGAUAGUUAUGGGAGGUAUACAGAGGAGGAGGAGGGAGAGCGGUCCAAAUUCAAGUUUCGUCGACGGUUUGUAGGACUAGGGGAGAAGUCUGGCGUUGUUCGCCGUUACCAUAAACGACUUGGAGUGGGAGUGUAUGGCCGACCACGAGGGAAGAGGGGUAUCCCAGGAAGGUGCGACAGCAGUAGUCGGUGGUCUUCGUUGGACGGAUCGAUCGGUGGUCUGCAGGUCCCCGACGGUGCUUACACGGAAGACAGUCCGGAAGAUCUCCUUAUUUGCACCACAGAUUCCUACACACCACCCGAAGAAGCCAUAUACCGGAGUAACGCCAAUUUGUCAACUGUUGGUCUCACUGACGGUCUUUCCAAAUCACCUCAUUCUCACCCGGGCUUCAUGGAUACUCCCGAGUUAAUCGAAGACCCAAUCAUUCCCAGGUCAGAGACACCUACAGGGUCAAAAAUCCACAGUCAACAACAGUCUGGUUCCAGCGCACCACCACAGCCACCAUCGUCGAUUUUGCAACAUUAUCAUCUUCAGACUAUUACGUGCGGGGCGGACAAGAGGACUCAGCCGGAAGGCGCCCAAGAACCAGGGAAUGUUGACUGGCGGAACUCUGGUCUGAGGCACCCGCACAGUACUGGCCCUGAUGGUAUGCUCAGCUAUCACACCGUGUUCAGUCUACCACGAUCUCAUGCGGUGUCCUCUGACUUGUCGCAUUCUUCCACAUCACCAUCUGGACGGCCAGUCAUGCCGAACCACCAGCCUUCGCACAAUCCGGUCUAUAAUUAUCAUCCGUCGCCCCUCUCUACUCCCACUUCACACCGUCAGCAACCUCCUCCUCCACUUCCUUCUGUGCAAUCAAAUGCGCAACCACCUCCUCCAGCACCGCCACCGCCGCCUCCUCCACUGCCGCCACCACCUCCCUCAUCAACCUCUGCAUCAGGGCCUCUAGACAUGAACUCGAUUCAAGGGGGCGGUGCAGUGGGGAACAGUCGAGGUUCCAUAGGAACUCCCCCACCUCCAGGGAGCAGUAGCGGGUCCUCCGAGCCAACCACGGUGGUGACAUUCUUCGUCUGUGAGGUCUGUGCCUCUAGGUAUCGGUCGACUGCUGGCCUGAGAUACCAUUACCAUAGCCAACAUGCUGGAUAUACACCGAGAAAUCCGAUUUCGGCUUCCGCAUCAAGGAUUAGCAUACCUACCUCAGAGUAUAAUCGAUUUGCUCCUAAUUCGGGCCCCAGAGGUGGACGCAACGGAAGAACGAAACGUAGUAGAAGUGAGUCUGAUUUACGCACACGC